CUUCGCUGCCGGGGACGCCCCUGCAGCCUUUCCCUCCAGGCCCUCCCCAGCCCGGGACUCGAACCGUUUCCCUAUUCCCAGGCCUAGGGGGCCGCCGCCAAUGUGAGGCGUGGGAAAUUAGGGCGUGGAGGGCUGGAAUGAAGCCACAGCCCACAGCGGGUUUUGAGAGAUCCCGGGCCAUAGAAACGACCCAGAAUGAGCCGUCUCGGGGUCCUGACACCACCGCGUCCCGGCAGGUGGGGGUGUCAGACCGUCCCCCGCAGAGCCUCGGGCUUCCCCGGGCCUUGGCUACCGCCCGCGGGCCUGUGGCGAUGGAGAGGCGCUGCCGGGACACCUUCCCGCACCCCUGGGAGCAGCGCCCGAGGAUCUGAGGAGCCCUUUAUUCUGCGGUUUCGGUUACGUAAACGGAGCCGAGGGAGCAACAUGGCUGACAAGGCGAAGCCCGCCAAAGCUGCCAACAGGACGCCCCCCAAGUCCCCGGGGGACCCCUCGAAGGACCGGGCGGCCAAGAGGCUGUCGCUGGAGUCGGAGGGUGCCGGUGAGGGUGCAGCCGCGGCCCCCGAGCUCAGUGCCCUGGAGGAGGCCUUCCGGCGCUUUGCGGUGCACGGGGACACCAGGGCCACUGGGAGGGAGAUGCAUGGCAAGAACUGGUCGAAGCUGUGCAAGGACUGCCAGGUGAUCGACGGUAGGAACGUGACGGUCACCGACGUGGACAUCGUCUUCAGCAAGAUCAAAGGGAAGUCUUGCCGGACCAUCACCUUUGAGCAGUUCCAGGAGGCACUGGAGGAGCUCGCCAAGAAGCGAUUCAAAGACAAGAGCAGCGAGGAGGCGGUUCGCGAGGUGCACAGGCUCAUUGAGGGCAAGGCGCCCAUUAUCUCAGGGGUGACGAAAGCCAUCUCAUCGCCCACAGUGUCGAGGCUCACAGACACCACCAAGUUCACGGGCUCCCACAAGGAGCGCUUCGACCCCUCUGGCAAGGGCAAGGGCAAGGCUGGCCGCGUGGACCUGGUGGACGAGUCAGGCUAUGUGUCUGGCUACAAGCACGCAGGCACCUAUGACCAGAAGGUGCAAGGGGGCAAGUAGCCCCCGCUCCAUGCCCCGCGGCACUGCCGGUGUCCCCGGAGCAGGGACUCUGUCACCUCGCACUUCAUUACAUUCCUGUGCUCACUCGGGCAGAACUCAGAUGGGUGCCCCAGAGGGGGCUGGGGGGAGGCCAGGCCCAGGCCUCCCUCCUGCCCCUCCUCCUGCCAGAUGCCCCCAGCACUCCCCUCUCGAACCAGGUUUGGGCCCCAGUUCACUGACCCUCCUUAUACACCUGCGUCCUCAACCGUUUCCAAAGUGUCUCCCGGAUCACACCACAUCGGGCACGUGGUUUGCAGGUCAAAGGGGUGUUUUAAAGGAGCUGGCUGUCAUGGCAACAGGAGGCUGUGCUGACCUCCUGACUGGCAGACACCUUCCAGGAGCCCUGAGGGUGGCAGGAGCUAAUCCCAACCAGCAGGCAACUAACACGGAGUUGGCCCCACACCAGACAUGGGAGGUGUCUGUGGGGCCCGAGACCUGUACUGCAUGCAGUGGACACCACAGGGCCUUCCCGCUUUCCUGGGCAGAGGGCAGAGUGAGGCCACCUGGCGGGGGUGCUGGGCACCUGGCACAUGUGUGGGGAAGCCGGUCACAUGGACACAAGUGUGCACACAUGCCUACAGGCCAGCUCUGUGCCAAGGGCAACGUCGGAAAAAGGAAAGCUGUGGGGGGGCAGUGGGCGGCUUCCCAGCUGACCACAGUGGCCCGAACUGUGAGGGUGGAGUCAGCUCCCUUUGCUUUCCUGAGUAGACACGGUGGCUGCCUGUGUUCUCAGAGCAGGUCUAGGAAGAUGUGGAAUGUCUGGUCCCCGUGGUGUUGCCAGGCAAGAGACACGAAGUGCUGAGACACUCCUCGCCUCACUGCGUGACAGGGCCUCUGCCCGGCCCUCCUGCUUGCCCAUCCUCACUAGCUGCACCCUGCUUGCUCGCAGACCUCCCAUUGCCACAGCCCAAGCGCCUUCUUCAACUCUCCCGAAAUGACUUGGCCUCACCUCUCCCGGCCCCUCCCCCUGGAGAGCAGGACACCAGGGAGGACCCCCAAGCCUGCAGUGUCUGUGGGGGUUUCUCUGCCAGCAGACGGCCAAGCAGAGCCCAUCCAGGACCCUCCACACUGCCAGGACACACCCAGGCGGCCUGCUCUUGCCUAUCUGCACCUGGGGAGAAGCUGGCACUCCUGCUCCCUCCUGGGGAGGCUGAAGGGUGUGGCUACCCACUGUCACAAUGGCGCACUGCCACUGUCCCUUGGCACGCAAACAGCCACAGCCGCGCGUGUGACCUGCUGGGUUGUGGUUCUGGAGUCUACCUGAGGAUGAGCCUGCGGCAGUCUUGGGGAAACGCUUCCAGAGCCUGUUAGCCCGUGGCUACGGUGAGGCUCUGGCCAGGGCAGGGGGCUGCCCAGGGCCAGGCUCACAGCACAGGAUGGUGAGGCCCCUCCCUCACUGGCACGCAUGAGCGCCACCCGCCUCCCCUGACUCCCAAGAGUGUACCUGCUGCGGCCACAGCCCUGUGGAAGGACUCCCCCUACCUGAGCAGAGCAGGAGCCGCAGGGCUGGAGCUCCCAGACAGCAUGGUCCGCUGAAAGUUGGGGGUCUCUGAGGCCCCUCAACAGACUGCCGCAGGCUCAUCCCCAGGUAGACCCCAACCUGAGGAUGGGGAGAACCUGGCAGGCAGCUUCUCAUGGCAGGGCUGGGAAGUUCAUGGUGUCUGGCAAUAAAGACCAAGGAAAAAUGAACCUCAGGCUUUGUGGCUCCUUUAGGAUGUCACCUCACCGGCCUGGGGAAGGCGGGGGGGUGCACAAGCCCAGCCCUGUGCCCCCACUGAACCUGGCUGGACCACGUGUGAAAGGCAGAACUAACGUACGGAAACAUUUGAAAACAACUCUGAAUGUGCAGUGUGGAAUCAUCCGAUUACAGACGAGCGGUCACCGGAAUUGCCUGAUCACAGCCCAUCACAACUCCAAAGCCCUUGUGUUGAAGAGGUCGAGGAUGAGCGGUCACCAGAAUCACCAAUCGCAGAUGAGCAGGUCACCGGGAUCAGCCGAUCACAGACGAGUGAGUCACCGGAAUCACCUGAUCACAGACGAGCGAGUCGCCGGGAUCGGCCGAUCACAGACGAGCAGUCACCGGGAUCGCCCGAUCACAGACGAGCAGUCACCGGGAUCGCCCGAUCACAGACGAGCGAGUCGCCGGAAUCGCCCGAUCACAGACGAGCAGUCACCGGAAUCGCCCGAUCACAGACGAGCGAGUCGCCGGAAUCGCCCGAUCACAGACGAGCAGUCACCGGAAUCGGCCGAUCACAGACGAGCAGUCACCGGGAUCGGCCAAUCACAGACGAGCGAGUCGCCGGAAUCGCCCGAUCACAGACGAGCAGUCACCGGGAUCGCCCGAUCACAGAUGAGCGAGUCGCCGGAAUCGGCCAAUCACAGACGAGCGAGUCACCGGGAUCGGCCGAUCACAGCCCAUCACAAUUCCAAAGCCCUUGUGUUGAAGAGGCCGAGGACGAGUGGUCACCGAACAGGGCGGCUCCCCAGGUCCUGAAGCCUGAGACCCGAAGGACCCUGGCACCCUUACGCCCUCGGACUGCUGCCCUCCUCGGCCUCCCUGGCCUCAGCGCGCCUCCACCCUGGGCCGCGUCUCCUGGUCCAAGGCUGCGUUUCUCCUUCUUCCGUCCAUGGGCAGCCCGGUCCCCACAGUCACAGCCAAGUCACACAGAACGAAUGUGACUCCAGAGGACCUCACCCUGGAGCUGAGCCUGGCGCCGGGUCAGGACGGAGGGACAGGCGGGUUGGGGUCCGCAGGUCCCCACACGCGCGGCAGGCACAGAGGCUCGCCAGGCCUUGCUGCGGUCUGUGGGGACGAGGGACACUGAGGAGAGAGGCACCAGGACCCCGACUCCUGGUCACUGGUUGGCCUCAGACAAGAAUGGCCUCAAGAACCAAGCGCAUCGGGAGCACACCAGAAACCGGCCCUGAGCACGAGAAACGUCUCCACCCAGCCCGGGCACCACCCGACCCCGCAGGGAACAGGCCCUGUCACCGACGGGGCACUUCGUCCACGCGGCCAGCACCGACUCACCACAGCCCUUCCCAGACCUGGCUGGAGUGACCGGAGCGGCGGGGCUCAUGGCUCCCAUCGUGGCCCCUGGAGGUGAGCUCCUUCGCAGAAGCGGACCCUUCACUCUGAGGGAAGUCGUGGCCUGCAUUCCGAACCCUAGGACGCCCCUGUGGGUUUCGUGAAUGAGAUCGAGGCUGCUGUGGCACCCAGCCCGUCCUAGCCUGGAGCACCGUGGGCUCCUGGAGGGAGAGGCCCCACACCCCCGCUCUCCCUCCACACUUCCAGGGUUGUGCCCACGAGUCAGAGGCACGGCCUCCCCAGUGUCCCGCCCUCCCUCAACGGCCCCCAGGCUUUCCUCAGACAUGCGGGAGCCAGGAGAGCACCCUUCUCCCCUCGGCUCCAAAGCGAAUCUUUGAAAACACCUGCUCUGCUCCCGUUUCUGUCACCUAGCCAGGAGGGGUAGCAAAAAUUAAGUCACGAGGGCAUAGUGGUCACCAUUGUCAGUUACAGUUUGUCUGUGGAAUCUGUGAUUGCAUCUGUGUGCCGCCUCCAAACACAGAACAUUGUUUGGACAGCAGCCCCACUGCACGUAACAGACCCGUGCAUCUUCCUCAGUCAGUUUCUGAAUAUUGUGAAUUCAGGCAGGUGUGUGUUCUCUUCUGCAUGUUUUUAUGCACUGCCAAUUAGCUUCUACUAACCAUGGUUCAACAGAAAAUAAAUGUGUAUUUGUGAAUAACAGAAACUGCACAGCCUGCAAACCAGGAGAGGGACAGGUUCUGUCGGGGGUGACACCAGGAGAGAGGGACAGGUUCUGUCGGGGGUGACACCAGGAGAGAGGGACAGGUUCUGUCGGGGGUGACUAGGAGAAAGGGACAGGUUCUAUUGGGGGUGACACCAGGAAAGGGACAGUUUCUGUCAGGGGUGACACCAGGAGAGAGGGACAGGUUCUGUCGGGGUGACCAGGAGAAAGGGACAGGUUCUGUCAGGGGUGACACCAGGAGAGAGGGACAGGUUCUGUUGGGGGUGACAUGAGGAGAUAGGGACAGGUUCUGUCGGGGGUGACACCAGGAGAGAGGGACAGGUUCUGUCAGGGGUGACACCAGGAGAGAGGGACAGGUUCUGUCGGGGUGACCAGGAGAAAGGGACAGGUUCUGUUGGGGGUGACACCAGGAAAGGGACAGUUUCUGUCAGGGGUGACACCAGGAGAGAGGGACAGGUUCUGUUGGGGGUGACACGAGGAGAUAGGGACAGGUUCUGUCGGGGGUGACACCAGGAGAUAGGGACAGGUUCUGUCAGGGGUGAUACCAGGAGAAAGGGACAGGUUCUGUCGGUGGGUGACACAAGGAGAGAGGGACAGGUUCUGUCGGGGGUGAUACCAGAAGAGAGAGAACAGGUUCUGUCGGUGGGUGACACAAGGAGAUAGGGACAGGUUCUGUCGGGGGUGAUACCGGAAGAGAGGGACAGGUUCUGUCGGGGGUGACACCAGGACACAGGGACAGGUUCUGUCAGGGGUGACACCAGGAGAGAGGGACAGAUUUCUGUCGAUGGGUGACAUGAGAAAGGGACAGGUUCUGAUGGGGGUGACACCAGGACACAGGGACAGGUUCUGUCGGUGAGCGAUACCAGGAGAGAGGGACAGGUUCUGUCAGGGGUGACAUCAGGAGGGACAGGUUCUGUCGGGGAUGACACCAGGAGAGAGAACAGGUUCUGUCGGGGGUGACAAGAGGAGAUAGGGACAGGUUCUGUCGGGGGUGACAAGAGGAGAUAGGGACAGGUUCUGUCGGGGGUGACAAGAGGAGAUAGGGACAGGUUCUGUCGGGGGUGACACCAGGAGAGAGGGACAGGUUCUGUCAGGGGUGACACCAGAAGAGAGGGACAGGUUCUGUUGGGGGUGACACCAGGAGGAGGGACAGGUUCUGUUGGGGGUGACAGGAGAUAAGGGGGUGACAAGAGGAGAUAAGGACAGGUUCUGUCGGGGGUGACAAGAGGAAAUAAGAGAGGGACAGGUUCUGUUGGGGGUGACACCAGGAGAAGGGACAGGUUCUGUUGGGGGUGACAAGAGGAGAUAAGGACAGGUUCUGUCAGGGGUGACACCAAGAGAGAGGGACAGGUUCUGUCGGGGGUGACACCAGGAGAGAGGGACAGGUUCUGUUGGGGGUGACAAGAGGAGAUAAGGACAGGUUCUGUCAGGGGUGACACCAGGAGAGAGGGACCGGUUCUGUUGGGGGUGACACCAGGAGAGAGGGACAGGUUCUGUCAGGGGUGACACCAGGAGAGAGGGACAGGUUCUGUCGGGGGUGACACCAGGAGAGAGGGACAGGUUCUGUUGGGAGGACAGCGCUGAUCGUGCGUCAGCAUCAGGAAAGGAGAAAGGCAGAGGGAGCGCAUUGAGAAGACUGUUCACACCAGAGUACUUACUCAUUUUUAUUUACUGCUAUAGGAUAAGCAACCAGGUAGUGUUCAUAACAGUUAGCUUUACCAAAAUUAAAGUUCAAAUUAUAUGUUUAAAAUAUUGUAGCAGAAGAUAUAUGUUUAUACUGGACUAUUUUUACACCUUCUAAUAUCCUGUCCCAAGUUUGGGCACAGAUGGUGGAGUUGGGCUGGCAUCAUGUCCUGUGGCCGCCCCACUUGCCUGUCGGUGCCGCUCCAUCCCAGACCCCAGGGGUGCCAGCUCAGGGCCAACCACAGCAGCCCUGUGUGGGCGUCACCUCCUACCCCGGCCCCCGCCCUGGGCUGCUGUGGCUGCCUGCUUUUGUGAAUGGUGUUUUGUUGGCACAGGGCCUGUCCUGUGUGUUCACACAUGCCUGUGGCUCCUUCUGCUGUACAACUGGAGUGGGGAGGAGUUGAGAUGGAGACGCCUUGGCCCUGGACACUUAUCUGUCCCUCUACUGGCCCAGCUCAAUCUCCUCCUGUGGGCAAUCACGUGUGCACUGGCCACCCUCCCACCCCACACCACACACCAUGAGGGGAUGGCACAGGGGGACGAUGAGGCUGGACGGUGAUGUUAUCAAUAGGCCAGAACAUCCUUCAAACACUGAACCUGCAUCUUUCCUCCUCUUACUACUGAACACUUUGUGAGCUCUGGUGGUCCAGGGUGUGGCAUUUGUCCCCUGGCCUGUGAUGGGGAAUAAUGGGCACAGCGAGAUGCUUGACUUCUUUCUUUUGACCUCUUAAAAAACUAAACUAAGCCAAACCACAAAGGAAAUCUGCACAACUUAAGAGAAACUUGAAAGGGAUCGUGUAACUACUAGUUUGUACUAAGUUUUUUUCAAGAAAGGGAAACAAAUUUAUAUAUAUAUAUGUGCAAUAUAUUUUUACACUGUGUGAUUAACAUAAGGGAGUACUGAGCGUAUCACUUUAUCAGUGUGACAGGUGAUGUCCAUGUCAUGGCUGUUCUGACUCUGAAAGGCACUUCUGCCAACGUCUAAACCGCACUCACUGGGAACGUCUGUGGGGUGGGGUGGCUGUGCUGUCCCUUCUGCAGGUGAGAGGCGUGGUGUCGCCUGUUGGACUUGCUGUUGAGCCUGGCUUGCAAACCUGUAGUGAAACAGCUCAUGUCUGUGUGCACAUGCCCCUGUGUGUCUGCUGUCAUUAACAUUGUGUGUCCAGUUGGUAAAGUGACAAAUAAAGGUGUUUUAAAACGUG